GUGUUUAAUUCACCAGCGUUUCUGCCUUCACAUUCAUUGCAAAGGAGACCCGGUCAGGUCCAUCUAUUUAAUUUAAGCGUCUCUUUCGGGGGAGAAUGGGCUGAGUUAUGCUCUACGAUAUACCUCUGUCUGUUGAAGGAAAUCCCGUUGUCUGCGAGUGCGUGUAGGUGGAUGAUUUCAGCGUGAUUUUUGGAGCGAUGUCUGCCGCAGAAGGAGCACACAGCCCGGACAGACUCAAUCAGUUUGAGCGGCUGUCUGGAAGGCCUCCGAUAAGAGCCGCAGGCUCUAAGAAGAGAGUUUCCUGGGUACAAGCUCGAAGACUCCUCGGCCAGCCCUGCCCCAGUCUACGGAUCCCUAACAGGUUUUUAAGAGAAGGUCACAGAGCCCCUCCGGCCCGGAGUGGCCAUCGCUGUGUAGCAGACAACACCAACCUCUAUGUGUUCGGAGGGUACAACCCCGACUACGAUGAAUCAGGUGGCUCAGAGAACGAAGACUACCCGCUGUUCAGGGAGCUGUGGAGGUUCCACUUCGCCACAGGGACAUGGCAACAGAUCCGCACGGAGGGUUUCAUGCCCACUGAACUGGCUUCGAUGUCAGCUGUUUUACACGGAAAUAACCUGCUUGUGUUCGGCGGGACCGGAAUCCCGUUCGGGGAAAACAACGGAAAUGAUGUUCACGUCUGCAAUGUUAAAUACAAACGUUGGUCCCUCCUCAACUGCAGGGGAAAGAAACCCAAUCGAAUAUAUGGGCAGGCGAUGGCCAUAAUCAACGGCUUCCUAUAUGUAUUUGGAGGUACGACAGGCUACAUCUACAGCACAGAUCUUCACAGACUGGAUCUAACAACACGUGAGUGGAUUCACCUGAAACCCAACAACCCUCCGGACGACCUGCCUGAGGAGCGAUAUAGGCAUGAGAUAGCUCAUGAUGGACAGAGGAUAUAUAUUCUAGGAGGUGGAACUUCCUGGACUUCCUACCCAUUAGACAAGAUACACGCAUAUAACCUUGAAACAAAUUCCUGGGAGGAAAUCACAACUAAGCCUCAUGAAAGAAUAGGAUACCCAGCCCCACGGAGAUGUCAUAGUUGUGUGCAGAUUAAAAAUGAUGUAUUUAUAUGUGGAGGUUACAAUGGUGAAGUAAUACUGGACGACCUGUGGAAAAUCAACCUGCAGACGUUCCAGUGGAAUAAGCUACCUGCAGUGAUGCCUGAACCUGCAUAUUUCCAUUGUGCUGCUGUUACCCCGGCUGGUUGCAUGUACAUCCACGGUGGCGUGGUGAACAUCCAUGAGAAUAAGCGGACUGGUUCCUUGUUUAAGAUCUGGCUGGUAGUGCCCAGUCUGCUGGAGCUGUGCUGGGAUCGUCUGCUCAAAUCCUUCCCGCACCUGGCCCAACUUACCCCGAUACAGCUGCUAAACUUGGGCCUCACCCAGGAACUCAUUGAACGCUUAAAAUAAAGAAGAGGGGGCUGUGAGCGCGAGAGACCAUAUGUGUACGUACUAUGUGUGUACUUUUUUUUUUUUUUUCGGAAGCUGAUCAUGGGCAGGACAACGGCACUUGACGCCAGCGCGUGGACUCAAGCUCCAGGAUCGACUAAGGAACCCCAUCCUAACGCAGCCCGCCUUAAAACCAAAAACUGUAGGAUGCCUUUUUUUUUUUUUUGCGUAUGCACCUUUUAAUGAUUUGAAAAUCAAUACAAAACAUAAAUAUCCUUUAAUGAGAAGGGUUUUUUCUCAAACACUAUAUGGGUCAGUGACCUGAAAGGUUUUUUUUUUUUUUUUGAGAUUGUAAUAUUGUUAUUUAUUGGCCUUCAGAAGUGACAUGAGGGACGUUGAGUUGUUUUUACUGAUGUAUCUUAAUUCCUUUCCUGUCAAAGAAUUAUUUAAGUUUUAUAAAUCACAUCACAGCAUGAAUAUUUAAUCAGCAGUGAUGUAAUUGGGGUUUAAUUCGUUUCCAGGCAACAGUUCAGAUCACUACUGAACAGAUACCAACUUAUGCAGAACUAUUGAUGCCUGGGAUUGUGAUUUAAGGUUUUACUGCAAUGAAAAUGGUGCAAACAGUGUUGAAAUGUUGAAUGUUUUAACAAAAUGGCAAUUUUUUGGUUUUCACUGCGAAUGUUGAUUUUUAGGUUGGACGCUGUUGCUCAGAUCUGCACUUAAGGCACAAACACCAGACGGAGUAAUUUGUUUUUUUUGUUUUUUCAACAAAGCUGUACAGCCAUAGCAGAGCUGUUCCCAUGUUUCACUCAAUUUUGUAAACCAGUCAUUACAUCACUGUGAAUAAGGUGCUCCUUAAUUUACUUUUAAAGCUUUUACUGAAAUAAAAUGUUUGUUUUUCCUUAAA